GGGUGGCAGAUCUUAGGAGGGAGAUGUGAAGGAGGGUGCUCAGGGCCAGAGCUCAGGGAGUGCCUGGGAUGGCAGCUAUGGCCGCAGGGUGAGCUGGGUGAGCCCCAUUACCAGGACUGUGUGCUGGGGGCCUUAGAGUGAGUGACUAUUAUGGUCAGAGGUGUGGGACAAAGCCCCAAAUGAGCCGGGCCUGGGGUGGAGCUCAGGAGUAAAUGGGGCUUUGAUCCCCACACACCUGGCUUUCUUUAACCCCUGGGGCAGCAGGCAGGAGUCCCACAUCCUAAAUCUCCCAGCAAAACGGUCUGGGGAUAGGUGGGGGGCUCUAAGCAGACCUUAGCAUCCUUCUCAGUACUGCAGGCCCAGAUGCCCUUCAGCCCUCACUGGUGGUAAAGGUUCAGGGAACAGGGCCUGGGAUGCCACUCUGGCAUCCAGGCACCCCUUGUUCGGACGUGACUGGCAAGUACUUCAUGCACUCUCUCCCACUCAGCUGUCUGCACGCUUCCAAGAAACAAGACCCAGAUACACAGCCCAGUUGGCCUCACACUGUUUGAGAUACUAGGGUGUAGGUGCAGGAGAAGGCCUUUAAAGGUGAGACAGUUUCCUCUUGAGGCCAGGGGCCAAACCACAGCUAGCUCAAGCUAGCUCACCUUCACCUGACUCCUCCCUGUGCCAGCAAUAGGGGGGAAGAAGGGGCAGGAAGGAAGGCUCAGUUAUCAGAGCUCCUGAGGUGCACAUUUGGGUGCUGGGGGAUGGGCAGGUAAGUGAGGUUCUGAGGCUGGGAGCUGGAGAAGGCCCCAUCUCUUCUCACCCACCAAGGCUGGCUCCCUUCCCAUCCCCCACCCAUCACAUCUACCGCUAUGAUCAGAGUUGCAGCCAUGGCAGGGCCAUUGGCCGACUGUGCCAGGCCUCUGCUGGGCCCCUGAUGCAGCAGAAACCCAAAGUAUAGUUAACCCUGCCUACCCAGCAUGAACUAGACUGAGGGAAAACCCCAGUGACAGCGUCACGUCACUGUGACUUAAAUGUAUGCGUCGUAAGAUGUCAGGGAACCCGGGUGGGCUUGCCGGAGGCUGCUCAAGCUGAGUUCUGCAGAAUGAGUAGGCGUUAAUGCAGCCAACAAGGAAAAGGUUUUCUGGCAGAGGGAACAGGAUGUAGGUAGGCCCUGUGAUGUAAGGACCUUGACUGGCCAAAUAAUUUGAAGAUCCAAUCACAGCAGUUUUCUGUCGGGUUUUGCCCUGAGCACAGGGCACUAGGCAUCAUUAUUUCCAUUUCCCAUAUCAACUUGCUUACUUAGCAGAUGCAGAGUACGGCCUGAUAGACAAGUACGGGCUGGGUAGGGAAAGACUGAGUGUCCAUCGACAGGAAGGAGAGACAGUGGAGAUUACCAUAGCCACUCUUACCUGUGUUUGCUCACUUCCUGCUUCCGGCAUCCGUGUAUUCUUGUUCCGGAAGUUUUCCGCUGAGAAAAUGGAAAACCAGGGAGGUUGAGUAACUAUGCCCAAACUCACACAGCCAGAAGUGGAGGAGUUGACCCAACUUCCCCUGGGAUCUGACAGCUGCUCCAUGACAUGGUAGGGUGUGGCUGAAACCAGGAAGGGCCGCCUGAUUCGGAAGGAGGAGACAGUGAGCUUGUUCUGUAGGAUGGACAGGGCCCACAAGGGCCAUGAGCGCUGUGCACACCAAAAGACGGUCCGAUAUGGAGUCCGGAAGCCACAGCCCCGAUAAGGAUGAUGAGGACCGGCCUGGGGUGGAGCAGCUUAAGGAAGCCUAACCUGGGCUUCCUAAAACCCAGGCCACCUCCCGACCUGUCCCUGGCAGUCAGUAGAGGUCUUUGUGUUUGUAGUCGCUGUGGCCCGUGGUCUUCCUAGGGCUGGUGGCCACACCCACAGUGGGCCCUCUUUCUUCCUGCCCAUGCUGCCCUUGUCCACUCGAGGUCCAGACUGUGUAGACUUGAAAGAAUAUGCAAUUUCAUGGAGCUUCCCUUCCCACUGGAACCCCCCAGGUCACAGUAGCCCCCUGCUCCUGGCCUGGCCCCCUCCCUUUAAUGCAAAACUGUAGCUAAGGAGGCCAGAAUCUGGCCAGCAGCUGCGUGUCCACCAGCCUGCCCAUGGUUUUCGUUUCUGUGACUCAUUGGCUCAUUUCAUAUAAAAAUCUGAACUCCUCAAUCUUCCUGAAAAAACAGGAAGUGGUACCAGUGCCAGGCGGGUAUUCCCAGCCUUCGUUCCCAUGAGCCAGAACCUAGCUUCCCAGCUGUCCCUGUCUCUGCCACCUCAGACAAUCUCCACCGGCCCCUCUCUUUGCUGUGCUGAUCCUGGUAAUAAGUGUGCAACACACACACACACACACACACACACACACACACAUACAUAUAUUGCUCAGAGAAGCGAGCUGCUAGGAUGGGUCUGGGAGCUUGAAUGCUUGCUCAAGUCCCUGCUGACCUCGUGGUCUAAGGACAUCUUGGGGAAGGAGGCAGGCGGCUGAGUGUGUCUGUCCCCAGGUCUACAUCACUGUGCUGGAUGAGAAUGAUAACAGCCCACGCUUUGACUUCACCUCUGACUCGGCCAUCAGUGUACCUGAGGACUGCCCUGUGGGCCAGCGAGUAGCCACUGUCAAGGCCCGGGACCCUGAUGCUGGCAGCAAUGGACAGGUGGUCUUCUCCCUGGCUUCUGGUAACAUUGCUGGGGCUUUUGAGAUUAUCACCAGCAAUGACUCCAUUGGCGAAGUGUUUGUGGCUAAGCCCCUGGACAGGGAGGAACUGGACCACUACAUCCUCAAGGUUGUGGCUUCUGACCGUGGCACCCCUCCACGGAAGAAAGACCACAUCCUACAGGUGACCAUUCUGGAUGUCAAUGACAACCCUCCCGUGAUUGAGAGCCCCUUUGGAUACAAUGUCAGCGUGAAUGAGAAUGUGGGUGGAGGCACCUCUGUGGUCCAGGUGAGAGCCACCGACCGUGACAUUGGGAUCAACAGCGUCCUGUCCUAUUACAUCACUGAGGGCAAUGAGGAUAUGACUUUCCGCAUGGACCGGAUCAGCGGGGAGAUUGCCACACGGCCUGCCCCACCUGACCGGGAGCGCCAGAAUUUCUACCAUCUGGUGGUCACUGUGGAAGAUGAGGGCACCCCUACACUGUCGGCCACCACCCACGUGUACGUGACUAUCGUGGACGAGAAUGAUAAUGCUCCUGUGUUCCAGCAGCCACACUAUGAGGUGGUGCUGGAUGAGGGCCCGGAUACAGUCAACGCCAGUCUUAUUACCAUCCAGGCGCUGGACCUGGAUGAGGGACCGAAUGGCACUGUCACCUAUGCCAUUGUGGCAGGCAACAUCAUCAAUACCUUCCGAAUCAACAGGCACACGGGUGUCAUUACUGCUGCCAAGGAGCUAGACUAUGAGAUCAGUCAUGGCCGCUACACCCUGACUGUCACUGCCACGGACCAGUGUCCCAUCUUGUCCCACCGCCUCACCUCUACUACCACGGUGCUUGUGAAUGUGAACGACAUCAAUGACAACAUGCCCACUUUCCCUCGAGACUAUGAAGGACCAUUUGACGUCACCGAGGGCCAGCCAGGGCCCAGAGUGUGGACAUUCCUGGCCCACGACCGGGACUCGGGUCCCAAUGGGCAGGUGGAGUACAGCGUUGUGGAUGGAGACCCACUGGGGGAGUUCGUGAUUUCUCCUGUGGAGGGUGUGCUGAGGGUCCGAAAGGACGUAGAGCUGGACCGGGAGACCAUUGCCUUCUACAACCUGACCAUCUGUGCCCGAGACAGGGGGGUACCGCCUCUCAGCUCCACAAUGCUGGUGGGCAUCCGAGUGCUGGACAUCAACGACAACGACCCGGUGCUGUUGAACCUUCCCAUGAAUGUCACCAUCAGUGAGAACAGCCCCGUCUCGAGCUUCGUCGCCCAUGUCCUGGCCAGCGACGCCGACAGCGGCUGCAAUGCACUUCUCACCUUCAACAUCACCGCGGGCAACCGAGAGCGGGCCUUCUUCAUCAAUGCCACGACAGGGAUCGUCACUGUCAACCGGCCCCUGGACCGAGAGCGCAUCCCAGAGUACAGACUGACAGUGUCUGUGAAGGACAACCCGGAGAACCCCCGCAUAGCCAGGAAGGAUUUUGACUUACUGCUGGUCACUCUGGCCGACGAGAAUGACAAUCACCCCCUCUUCACUGAGGGCACAUACCAGGCAGAGGUGAUGGAGAAUUCUCCUGCUGGGACACCCCUCACGGUGCUCAAUGGGCCUAUCCUGGCCCUGGAUGCUGAUGAGGAUGUAUACGCCAUAGUCACUUACCAGCUGCUGGGUGCCCACAGCGACCUCUUUGAUAUCAACAACGGCACGGGCGUGGUGACUGUGAGGUCCGGGGUCGUCAUUGACCGGGAGGCCUUCUCACCCCCGCUCCUGGAGCUGCUGCUGCUGGCUGAGGAUGUUGGACUACUCAAUGGCACAGCCCACCUGCUCGUCACUAUCCUGGAUGACAAUGAUAACUGGCCCACCUUCAGUCCCGCUGCUUACACUGUCCACCUACUGGAGAACUGCCCACCAGGCUUCUCAGUCCUUCAAGUCACAGCCACAGAUGAGGACAGUGGCCUCAAUGGGGAGCUGGUGUACCGCAUAGAAGCCGGGGCUCAGGACCGCUUCCUCAUCCAUCCCGUCACUGGAGUCAUCCGCGUUGGCAAUGCCACCAUUGACAGAGAAGAACAAGAGUCCUACAGGUUGACAGUGGUGGCCGCCGACCGGGGCACUGUUCCCUUGUCAGGCACGGCCAUCGUCACCAUCCUGAUCGAUGACAUCAAUGACUCCCGCCCUGAAUUCCUCAACCCCAUCCAGACGGUGAGCGUGCUGGAGUCCGCAGAGCCAGGCACUGUCAUUGCCAACGUCACUGCUGUCGACCUUGACCUCAACCCCAAACUGGAGUACCACAUCAUCAGCAUCGUGGCCAAGGAUGACACGGACCGCCUGGUGCCUGACCAGGAAGAUGCCUUCGCUGUGAAUAUCAAUACAGGCUGCUCAGCCCUUUCUGGGUCCUUCACCCUCCAGUGUCAAGGCAGCGCCCAUCCCCCCACCUUCAUGCUGGCAUUCGGUAUUACAGAGGUUUAA